GUCAGUUGAUGCUGUUUCUCAAAAACCAGGUUUUGGGGACCCUGCAGCCCUUGUGGGAGAGGGUCUAGUAGUCAGGGGCUGAGCAGUAAUACAUGUUAGCCUGCCAAGCGGUGCAGAAAUAAAUAUUGGGAGUGGAACCCCCGGAAGUCUGGCAUACAGGUCACACUUUCCUGGAUUUGAGAUGGUGUGUAUAUUCUUACUAUUGAAGGCGUUCUCUGAUUUUUUUUUUUUUAUGUUUUCAUUAUUAUGAUCAAAUUGACAGCUAAAUUUUUUUAGACUACAGUUAACUUGCUUACAGAAUGGGACUCUUAACCUGUGUUUUUUAUGAUCUACAGGAACCAGAGGACUGUUUUAUAGCUCUAGAGGAGAUAAGAUUGCUCUAACUUUUUUUUUUCCCCCUCUGUUUUCUUACGAGAUUGAUGUGUGUUUGCUUGGGUGUCUUGGGGCUAUGCAUGUCUCUGUGUGUGUGUGUUUUGAGGGGAGUGAUCACUCCUAAUAGAUGUGCUGCAAAAUCCACAGUCUUGAUUAUGGAAAUUGUGGGGAGACCCAGAUUCUCAUGUCUUCUUUCUCCUGCCUCAGCUCUAACUUCUCAAUACUCUGUCUUUCUUCAUGAAGGGAACAUGGAGGAAGAAAGAACAGCUGCUGAGUUACAGAAAAAUAUGACACAGGAACCAGUGGUCUUUGAGGAUGUGGCUGUGGACUUUACCCAGGAGGAGUGGGCUUUGCUAGAUCUCACUCAGAGAAACCUCUACAGAGAUGUGAUGCUGGAAAACUUCCGGAACCUGGCCUCAUUAGGGUAUCCACUACACACACCCUAUCUGAUCUCCCAGUGGAAACAAGAGGAGGACCUGGAGAUAGCAGAGAGAGGACCCACCCAGGGGGAGCAUCAGGAAGGUUUUGAGACUCAACUUAAAACUAAUGAAUUAGUCGCUCCACAAGAUAUUUAUGGAGAAAAAAUAUCCAGUGAACAGAAUGUAGUAAGAUUCAAAAGGAGUGCUUCCUCGUUGUCCAUUUUACACAAAAGCUGGGAAUACCAUGGUUUUGAUUAUCAGAACAAAAACUAUGAGAGACAUUUGAGAAGUCACAUGGUGGAGAACAUCUAUGAACAUAACGAAGAAAAUCAGUGUAGACAAACCUUCAGCCAUAUCUCAAAUCUUAAUAUACUCAAGAGAACUACUGAAGUAAAAGCCUAUGAAUGCCAGGAGUGUAAAAAGGCCUUCACAGAUCAUUUAUCCCUUAAGAAUCACAUAAGGUCUCACACUGGAAGCAAACCCUAUCAGUGUAAGGAAUGUGGGAAAGCUUUCCAUUUUUUUGCUUGUUUUAAGAAGCAUAUGAAAACUCCCACUGAAGAGAAACCCUAUGAAUGUAAGGAAUGUACCAAAGCCUUCAGUUGUUCUUCAUUCUUUAGGGCGCAUAUGAAGAUUCACACAGGAAAGACAAACUACGAAUGCAAGGAAUGUGGGAAAACAUUUAGCUGUUCUUCAUCCCUUACAGAGCACAAAAGAAUUCACAGUGGAGAUAAGCCUUAUGAAUGUAAGGAGUGCGGGAAAGCAUUUAGUUGUUCCUCCUCACUCUCCAAACACAAAAGAAUUCACAGUGGAGAUAAGCCAUAUGAAUGUAAGGAGUGUGGGAAGGCUUUCAGUUCCUCUUCUCACCUUAUAAUACAUAUAAGAAUCCAUACUGGAGAGAAGCCUUAUGAAUGUAAAGAGUGUGGGAAAGCCUUCAGUGAGUCCUCAAAGCUCACCGUACACGUCAGAACACAUACGGGAGAGAAACCCUAUAAAUGUAAGGAAUGCGGGAAAGCCUACAAUUGUCCGUCCUCCUUAAGUAUCCAUAUGAGAAAACACACUGGGGAGAAACCCUAUGAAUGUCUGGAAUGUGGAAAAGCCUUCUAUCUUCCCACUUCCCUGAAUACCCAUGUGAAAAAUCAAAGUAGAGAAAAACCUUAUGAAUGUAAGGAAUGUGGAAAAGCCUUCAGUUGUCCCUCGUCCUUUAGAGCACAUGUGAGAGAUCACACUGGAAAGGUGCAGUACGAAUGUAAGGAAUGUGGGAAGGCCUUUAGUCGUUCCUCAUCCCUCACCGAACACUUAAGAACUCACAGUGGAGAGAAGCCUUAUGAAUGUAAGGAAUGUGGGAAAGCCUUUAUUAGUUCCUCCCACCUUACAGUACAUAUAAGAACUCACACUGGAGAGAAACCUUAUGAAUGUAAGAAAUGUGGAAAAGCCUUCAUUUACCCCUCAGCCCUUAGGAUCCACAUGAGAACGCACACUGGGGAGAAACCCUAUGAAUGUAAGGACUGUGGGAAAGCCUUUCGCCAUUCUUCAUACCUUACUGUCCACACAAGGAUGCACACUGGAGAGAAACCCUUUGAAUGUCUGGAAUGUGGGAAAGCAUUCAGUUGUCCUUCAUCCUUUCGAAGACAUGUAAGAAGCCACACUGGUGAGAAGCCCUAUGAAUGUAAGGAAUGUGGGAAAGCCUUUGUUUGUCCCGCUUACUUUCGAAGACAUUUGAAAACUCACACUAGAGGAAACAUAUAAAGUAAGGAAUAAGGAAAUGUCUGCAAGGCUUUUUCAGAUCUUAGGCAGCACGCAAGAUCUCACACUGUGGAGACACCCUGUGAAUGUAAGAAAUUGUCGCUCAUCUUUUUGAAGACUUGAGAACUCACAACUAAGAGAAACCCUGUGUAUGUAAAUCAUGUGGUAACACCUUCAUGAACAUCACUUACUGUGUUCUAAGAAAAUUCAUACUAGAAGCAAAGAUCGGUGCCUCAUCCUUAAAGUGGACUACUGCUGGCUCAUUGAUUUCCAGUUUUAAUUUUCUGAUGAAUGUUUAAGGUGAUAAA